GAAAAAUUAAGCACUGUUGUAUACCACAUGAUACAGAUUGAUACUAAAUAAUUAAUAACAUUUGUUUAAACACUGGACAUGUGGUCAUGGUCGGUCUCCAGGGAUUUUUGGGGGAAAAAAAUAUCUUUGCUGUCGUAAUUCUCAGGUCCUUCCCCAGUCAACAUCUCACUAAUGUCGAAAACAUCACGAAGUUUUGAGUUGGUGUGUGAGAGGACAGAUACCAGUGUAAAGCAUUUUCGCCUGCUGGUGUUCAAGGAAAACGACUGCCUUAGACAGGUUCACUUUACACAAGAUGGUGUAGCGUCACAAACGCAGACAUUUUGUGGAAAUGUGAGUUAUGAGCAGUUUGGCAAAAGCCAGAUGAACUUCACGUACAAUGUCACAGACUUGUUCCCAUACAUUGAGUAUAGACUGGAGAUGUAUCUGAAAUCUAAAGGUGUAGAUGAGAAUCCUGAUCCGGCUACGCUGAACGUCAGAACGAAUCCUGAGGUGCCAUCUAAAAUAAAGAACACAAAUGUGACAGUGGAAGGAGCUAAGAAUGCCAGUGUAUGUUGGAGUCCGCCAGAACCUUUCCCUGGUCCUACAAACUACACACUGACUCUGGUGGAUUUGGGAGAGGAACCACAGCGAGACAGGAAGCAAGUUAUCACUGGUUUUUACAGAACAUGUAAGACCAUCGAUUCUUUAGAGGAAUUUUGGCCGUAUAAAGUGAAGGUGGUGGCUUCAACAACAGCGGGAAAAGGCUUACCUAAAGAUACAGCUGAGUUUAGAACACAGGAAACAGCACCGGGUAAAGUGACGAAAUUAACGGUUAAUCAAGACGGAGAAAGCUUUUCCACGGCCAAGGUAACGUGGAUGCCACCUGCUCCAAGAGACAGAAAUGCCGAUAUACAUCAUUUUCUCUUGAGAUAUAAGAUUUCAGGCACUGACGAAAACAACGUGACAUCACUAACCAUAUUAUGGUCAGAGUCUAGAUCAGAAUAUUCACAACCUGUGCUAGUUCAACCAGGACAGACAUACAGUUUUCAGGUAUCUGCUAUGUCCACAAAGUUUGACGGAGAAUUAGCAGAAGUGACGUAUGAGGCACCUCAGGAGAAUACAAGUCCUGAAGGCUUAGAUGACGGGAACGGUGGCAUGAUUGCCAUGGGUGUUAUAAUAGCAGCCCUGGCAAUCAUACUGAUUGCUUUUCUAGUUGUAUUUCUAAUCAUCAGAAGGCGUCGUCAUGAGAGACCUAGGGCUGAAGACUUGAAUAUGGAUCCUUAUGAGACAAUGAAACCAGCUUCAGUCAAUGCAGAGAGGAAAUACGAGGGUAUGCGAUUUGAUCAACUUGAGAUAUCAGCAUUCCGUCUGAGACUUUCUAAUGAAAAUCUGAACAAAGGUAAACAUAAAGUGCUAAAAGGAACACUUCAGGAGACUGAUGGGCAUCAGAGGAGCGUCGCCAUCAGAAAAAUCACAGGAGCCAAUCCGUUUGACCGAUGUAAGGCAGAGAUAGAUAUUAUGCGGAAUAUUGGAGCCCAUCCACACGUCGUGUGCUUCCUGGGUUACUCCAUACAAGAUGAUAACACCGUUUUCUUGAUCAACGGCUUUGAAGAAAGGGGCGAUUUACAGAGUUUUCUGAGGGAUAAAAGACGAAGUGCAUCAAACACAGAACUGACAGAAGCUAAUCUCUUGCUCUUUGCUGAAAAUGUGGCCGAGGGUAUGGCGCAUCUAUCACAGCUAGAGAUCCUUCAUGGAGACCUGCGAGCUGUGAACGUUCUGGUUGGUGGAGACUUCUCGGCAAAGAUAUCUGGCCUACAGCAUGCAAGGCCGGUAGGAUUCGAACCAAAAGAUUUGGCUAAGUUCACCUUUCCGCUGUGCAGAUGGGCUUCGGUUGAGACUCUGGAGGGGAAGGUCUACACAAAACAGAGUGAAGUGUGGUCAUUUGGUGUAUUGAUGUGGGAAAUCAUGACCUACGGAGCGACACCUUAUGGGAAGAUGAAGUCCAAGGAGAUACGCCACCUUCUCAGCCAAAACUGUCGUCUGGCUUGCCCUAAAUCCUGUCAAAUUCCAUUGUACACUGUAAUGUUAGAGUGUUGGAAAGACGACCCUGCUGAACGACCUUCCUUUCAGGAUUUGUCACGCAGACUGGUCGAUAUGACAACAGAUGUACAGCAAUACAUGAACAUUGGAAUAUACGAAAGUCUCGACUUCAAGUUUGAAGAAGCGAGGGCAGACAGCAGCUACUAAGGAAUGAAUAUUAAAAUGUUGUCCUGAGGUAUUCGGUUUACCCCUUAUGGGCAAUGCCAUAAACUGAGAAUGUGAGUGAAAAAACAACAAGUGUUAAUAUUAUAUUUUGUAAAGUUUUAUAUGUUUGUGUCUUUCCUGAUGAAAGAUAUAUUGUUUUACACAGGUAUAUGUUUUAUUUCAAAAACGGUUUCACCCCUUUAUACAUAUGUAAAUUAUAUUGAUUUUUUGUGAAAUUCUGGGAGCUAUUUGUAAUGAAAUUUAACUAUUUAUAGUAAGUGUAUCAAUGGUAUCCGUGGUUAUCCGUCUGCAAUAUUUUUAUAUUAUGUAUGGUACAUACUCAUGUUACAAAGUACAGUAUGUAUUAUAGAUUUAAGCUUUAUUAAAUAUUUUGGGGAGUAAAAUAAAAUGUCAAACAAAUGUCCUUUUUGCGUAUGCAUGGUUUAAAGUACUUACCGCCUCAGUAACAGGUGCCAUGGACUUUGUGUUUAUCUAUGUAUAUAACUAAAACAUCAGUAUCACUGACUACUUUUCAUUUGUAUUGGUAUGUAGUGCUUGUGAUAUAUUUACCUAAACGAAACACAGCUGCGCGUAAAUAAGUUAUAACUAAAACUUUGUACUACACAUACUAUUAAAUAUCUCAUUUCAGAAAAUUUGACUGCAUCAUAUGAACUUGUAUACCCCUUAUGGUUUACCACUUUACCAAACAAACAAUUUAUAUGUUUAUUAUUUAUGGAAACUUAUCUUCACCCUAUCUCUACACAUACUAUUAAAUAUGUCAUUUGAGAAACUUUUUUACUACUGCAUUUUUCUGCAUCAAAUGAACUUGUAUACCCCUUAUGCUUUACCACUUUACCAAACAAACAAUUUAUACGUUUAUUGUUUAUGGAAACUUAUCUUCAUCCUAUCUCUCUGAUAUUUAAACAUUUAGAGUUUUGCUGAAAAGUAAUCUUGCGCUAAAUGAUGGA